AUGAAGCUCACCGCCACCCUCGUGACGGCUGCGUUGGCGGCCGUUGCGUUCGCAGAGCCAGAGGCUCAAGGCGCGUAUGGAGGAGGACCGACUCGCACUCGCACGAGGGAACGCACUCGAACGAGGGAGGCCACCAGAUCUCGCACCAAGGCAGCCACACGCACUCAAGAAUCGGGACCUGAUCAAGUGUCAUACACCACGGUCACGUACUCGGACUGCCCCAGCUCUUCCAUGGAGACGCUAAUCACCGUGACGGAAGGAGUCACUGUUACAUACUGCCCAGAAUGUCAACAUACGUCGAAGCCAGCAGGCCCCGCCGGCCCCGGCUACACCACGACGUACACUACCACAUACAUGUCGCUGUGUCCGACCGGCAUGGUACCACAGACGUACACUAUCACGGAAAGCUGCACCGAACCCGAGCCAACCUGGACCCCAGGCCCCAGCCAUAUUCCUCAAGGCUACACGGUCACGACCAAGGAGUGCAACGUCUGCGGCGAGUCGACUUCCAUGGUCACCGUCACCGAACCCUGCGGAUGCGAGGCGCACGAAGGCCAGCCUGGCCCACCAACACCCAAACCGACCGCACCUGGCAGCAGCCCGGCCACCCCAACUGGCGGUUCAAGCUCUCCACCAGCGGAGUGUGAUGGCGAGGACUGCGGCGGCUCAUCAUCGUCUGGCGGAUCUCCUCCAGGUGGCGCAGCUCGUCCCCCGGCUCAGUGCGAUGGCGAGGAUUGUGGCGGCUCCCCGCCAGGCGGCUCGACUCCUGGCGGUUCUACCCCUGGCGGUUCUACUCCUGGUAGCUCAACUCCAGGCGGAUCGACUCCAGGUGGUUCUACUCCAGGCGGCUCGACUCCAGGCGGAUCAACUCCCGAAUGCGACGGCGAAGACUGCGGUGGCUCAUCGAUGCCCGGCGGGUCCGCUCCAGGCUCUGCACCAAUGGCACCACCAUACCCGACCCCGACUUCAGGCAUGGCUGGCAGCUGCCCUGGACCACAGUGCCGCGCUACAUCGACCGGCGGCGUUCCACCACCAGGCAUCAACUACGGCAACACGACCGGCAUCGUCCCUGCGUCUGGCGCCAGCUCGAUUGCCUUGUUCUCUUCCACCUUCCUGGCAUUCGUCGUUGCCAUCUUCGCCUUCCUCUUAUAA